AUGCUGCACUUUUCAAUAAUCAUUUUAGUGAGUUUAUGCGGGAAUUCGUUCGCUUAUUAUGUCAAUAAUAGUUUGAAAGCAAAAAGCUACAACAACCGACAACGCUUUUUAGUUAUUCACUACACUGCUAUUGAUUUGGAAAACUCAGUUAAAAUUUUGACUGGCGAUAAAGUUAGUUCGCACUAUCUUGUACCAGACGGAAAGCUUGCUGAUGAAGGAGUGAUUUAUCAGUUUGUUGAUGAAAACUUACGGGCUUUUACGCAAGGAAUUAGUUAUUGGAGAGGAUGGACUAAUCUAAAUGACAACGGAAUAAGCAUCGAAAUAGUCAAUCUGGGUUAUGAGUACAUCAACGAAACCAUAAAGUGGUUUCCGUUUUCAAAUUCACAAAUCCAAUUAGUGACAAAUCUUAGUAAGGAUAUAAUUAAAAGAUAUAGUUUGGAACCUAAAAAUGUUAUAGGACAUAGUGAUUGUGCACCAGGACGCAAACAAGAUCCUGGACCUUUAUUUCCUUGGGAGCAACUUUACAAAAAUGGCAUAGGUGCUUGGCCUGAUAAAAACGACGUUUUACAUUUUCAACAACAUUACUCAAAUACUAACUUAAAACUUGAAGAAAUUCAUUUGGAAUUACAAACAUAUGGCUACUAUAUUAACAAAGACGCAGAAACAACUCGCAAUGCUAUUAUUUCAUUCCAAAUGCAUUUCCGUCCUGCUAAAUACGACGGUAUAAUGGAUACAGAAACUUUUGCUAUUUUAAAAGCAUUAAAUAAGAAGUACCGAUAA